AAAGACACAGCCACUUCCCUCUUUCUGAAACCAAAUCCAAACUGCACCAAAUAUCUCUCCCAGCUCCUCACCCAACACACCCAGUACCCUGUUUCUUGGCGGGAGACUCUGGAGGCUUCUGAAUUCACAACGCCAUCAACCAUGGGAAUUCAGGGAGACAGUGUUGUGAAGGGUUUCGGCGGCGGAUGGGGCGUGGUCGCUAAACCCUGCGACUCCUGCAAGACAGGGCCUGCAGCCGUCUAUUGUCGACCUGACUCUGCUUUCCUCUGCCUUUCCUGCGACGCCAAAAUUCACUGCGCUAAUAAGUUCGCCUCUCGCCACGAGCGCGUCUGGAUGUGCGAGGUCUGUGAACAGGCUCCUGCUGUGGUCAUGUGCAAGGCCGAUGCUGCGGCUCUCUGUGUUACCUGCGAUGCCGAUAUUCAUUCCGCUAACCCAUUGGCACGUCGCCACGAGCGUGUCCCGGUCGAGCCUUUUUUCGACACGGCAGAGUCAAUGGUCAAAUCCUCUUCGGGUUUCAAUUUUCUCCUGCCCACUGAAACCAACGCCAGUGGCUGCCACGGUGCCCAUCAACACGAGGAAGUGGAGGUUGCCUCCUGGCUUUUAUCCAACCCACCUUUCAACUCUAAGCUCGUGGACGAACCUGAAAUCAAGCCACCUGGUCAUGAUCAAAUGUUCUUCACUGAAAUGGAUUCCUUUAUUGAUUUUGACUACCCAAACCCAGUCAACAACCACAGCGCGGUUAACGACAGCGUCGUCCCUGUUCAAACCAAGCCACUCUGUACUCCGGUGAUCAAUACCCACUCCCAAGAAAAUUGCUACGACAUCGAUUUUUGCAGAUCCAAGCUCAAUUCAUUCGGCCAUCAACCACUAUCCCUGAGCCACAGUGUUUCCUCUUCUUCCCUAGAAGUCGGAGUUGUCCCAGAAGCGAAUUCGAUGUCCGACAUAUCAUACCCAUUGGGUCAAAGCGUGAGUAGUGGGGGGGACUCGGGGCUACCGGUAUCGGGAUCCGGCAACCCAGCGACUCAAUUAUGUGGAAUCGACCGGGAGGCGAGAGUGUUGAGGUACAGAGAGAAGAGGAAGAACAGAAAGUUCGAGAAGACAAUCCGGUACGCUUCAAGAAAAGCUUACGCGGAAACCCGACCCAGAAUCAAAGGCCGGUUCGCCAAACGGACUGACACACUAUCAGAGGUUGAAGAAAUGUAUGGGUCGGCUGGUUCGUCUCUGUUCUUAGCAGACACCCAGUACGGCGUGGUACCGACAUUUUAACCAUGACUAAGCUGAAUUGAACUGAACGAACUAAAUCCAGUGCUGCUUAGAUUUAUAAUUCUUAUUGUGCGCAUUGAAUAAAUGAACGGUAGAUUACGGCAAAUUAUGUGUUUAAUGGCGAUGAUGUAAACAAGCAAGCAGUGAUUGAUUUGCAGGAGCGUGGGUAUCGCAAGAUGCUUGCUUUUUGUCACCCUCUUCUCCUUACAAAAUAUAACCGAUUUGCCCUUCUGAAUC